CAUACACAUCUCCUCCAACUCCCGACUAUUACUAUUAGUAUCAGAGACAGAGUAAUGUCCGACGAUGACAUACAGAUCAUUGGCACGUCAGCGGAAUCGUUUGACUUAACGCAGAAGGGUAUCAAGAAAACUACAACAAUCUGUAUUGACGACCCUCCAUCUAGUGCUGGGUAUCAUCACAACUGGGAUAUUGGAAAGAAGCGGAGUCCCCGAGCAGACCUCAAUAAACGAGAGCCUAAGCGAAGACGUACAGGUGUUAACGCACAUAAGGCCAGCUUGAGUACAAGUUCUCAUUCUAGGAAUGCCCAAGAUCCGAAAGCUCCUCAAGAAUACAUAACAAUAUCUUCAGAUGAAGACGAGGAUCUCAUACAACGUGUCCUUCUCAGAGCAGACUCAACGAAGUCACUUAAACGUUCGGUCUCGCCAGUAUUUGCCCCUCCUCACGGUUCACCAGUUUCAAGUUUCCAAAAACGGUGGAAAGCAGACGAUGGACUAGAAUUAAACUCUGAAGAGGAGGAAGAGGAGGCCUUUGAAAACAUGUUGGCGGACGCGAAGUAUCGUUCUGAUGAUGAAGUCCCACGAAUAGAGCUUCCCGAAGACAUGAGCAGCCUUCGCCUCGAAGAUUCUACCCCACCACCAAGGAAACAAACCAUUCGUAUGACGAGCAAGCAGAUUCGUUAUCAAGAAACGGAAGUUUCUGACUCGGAUGAACUGGAUAGUCCGCUGCUUACUUGGACGGGCCUUCACGCGAUGCAUCCGUUAAAGAAACCUCGACGUCGCAUACGCUUAAGCGGCAUUCACAAUAGGCUGUUUGUGAGCGAACACAACAUCAUGAAGACGAUUUUCAAACAGUCUUCUGGUCCCGUUGGGAGAAUCGCUCAAAGGAGAGGAAACGUGGCUAUUGCAAGUUGUGUUAUCGGCGGUUCGCCAGAUGGUCCAAAUGAGGCCCCAAAUCACUAUAACAAGAGUGGCUGUUUAGUCGUAUGGGAGGAAUCGUCAUCACUACCGUUAGUUCUACAUGGUCAUCAGAGCGUUCUCCGGAGGAAGGUCGGGGAACCCUGGACAAAGCAUUACAGCGUGAACGAUGUGCAAUUUGAACCACAUGGCACCGUCUUGGUCUCUGCUGGGAAUGACAAAAAAGUCCACAUUUGGAAAAACUGGGAUGUACGUCCCGAGCAGAGAAAUUACUCUGAAGAAGAACUUGAGACAUUGCAAGAGGACUUGGAGUCCGAUCGAGCCGACGACAUCCCAUUCGACAGCCCCCCAAGCCGCCUUUUGUUCAAACCCGACCCUCGAGAAACAAUACUUGCCAUUGCAGAAAAAAAUAUCACCCUAUGGCACGGUUUACCAGCAGAUACCAGUUUGACAUUCCGUAUCUCACGGGAAACAGGUGAAAAGGCUCUAAGCAUGCUAUGGGGCAUAGGACCCACCUCCGACUACCUUUUCGCAAGCUCGGAGUCCGAACAAUUUGAUGUAUGGAAGGGAACGCACAGUUGCUUUGACACUAACUCAACAAGGCCGUACUUCUUGGACGCCGACAAAGAGUCUGGAGAUGCGUUGGCGCUGCAAACAGAUGGCAAAACACUAGCUUUGUUUACAAGUACAAAGACUACAAACACACUGCGAUUAUAUGAUGUUUCAACCAAGCAGAAGAAAGCGUUUAAACAGGUCGCGCUUCCUGAAUUUCGAUUCUUGACGCCGCGUGGAGGUGAAGAUGAGCCUGAAGGAGCCGUGAACUCAGCCGUUUUCAGCUCUGAUGGGGUUUUUUUGGCGGUAGCGCGGAACGAUAAUCGGACUCAUGUUUAUGAUACUCGGAUGAUCGAAAGGGGCAUAGUUUACGACUUUGAACAUACGGGACCUAGUCGUGUACUUCCCGGCGAAAAAUCUUAUGGCUAUGGCGUGACCAGCAUGGGAUGGAUACAAUUGCCGUCUUCGCAACGACUGGGGCUAGUGACUGGUGGAAAUGAUGGUGUGGCCCCUACAAUUUCUCUAUGGGUUUACCAUUCAAUGAUUAUGUGCUUUUUUAGGAUGUGUACGAUUAUGGAGUCUGUCACCGACACGCGAAUAUCCGGAGAACGGGAGAAUCUUGCUGGAAGCCGAUGCUGAUAUUGGAUGUCUUUCUGUUGGAGAUCGAUCGCAGGACGAGCAUGAACUUGUUGUAGGUGACAGUACUGGGCAGGUGUAUAUCUAUAAUGGUUUGCAUAUGAAUCUUCACAUUUAACGAUAUCUCGCUGUUGUAUGUUGUAUGUUAAAUUAUCUGUUGUUCUGUCGUAACGCAAGGUCCAUCAUAGAAAG